AUGAGCAGCUCGCCAGCUCAUCGUGCCACUCAGUCAAUCAGCUCCAAUAACCUCCAAGCACCAGCACCGUCGUCGAGCUUGAAUGGCCGACAGCAACGAAGGAUGACUUCGCCUGCUGAUUCCCUUUCUAUUCCUCCGAGGGGACGGUCACCAUCACCACGUCCACCCUCGCCACUCCGAAACGCGUUCUUUCCAGACAGUUCAACAGGCGUCGAUCCAGACUCCAUAUCCGACGAUGGUUCAGACGACAACGACGACCAAGGGAUAUGGCAGCAACGUUCACCAUCACCCUCAUCAUCCGUCUCCCAUCUCGCAGCCAGCUUCGUCCAAAGGAUGGGCACAUUCGUAGGGGGCAUUGCACCGCGAUCACCUAUGCUAAGCGACGCAGAGCUAGAAGCUGAAGCGGAGAGGGAACGCGACCGUAGUCGCAGAGAAGCAGAAGCUAUACUCACACGGGAGGCUCAGCAGAGGAGGCUCGUUGAAGAUCGUGUGCUGUCCAUGAUGGAGAACACAAAGUCGCUCCCUCCACCGCCCUCCAGAUCUCAGACUAUGCCUAACCCGCCAUCUCCGUCUAAUUCGCAGAAAGAGUCGGGUAGUAGUUGGUGGUCUGCUGCGAAGAAUAGGCUUACGCCUACGAAAGACCCUCCAACGCCAGCUCAGCAAAUUAUAUUGGACGCAAAGGCGAGGGAUAAGGAUAACAAGAAGAACGCCAAAGGCAAGGAGAAAGAGUGGCCUGCAAACGCCGAAGGCAAAUUCAACGAUCCAGCAUUCGUAAACCUCAACAUUCCAACAACACCCGUUCGACGCGUCCCCGUACCUUCUUCCUCCCCGUCUUCGCCUACCCCUUCUCGUCCGAGUCUCUCGAAUAUGCCACCUAAUUUGACACCUUCUCCCAUGCGUACAACCGAUACGUUGUCUUCCUCCCCUUCUCGCGAGGCUCCACCUUUGUACGCGCAGUUCACAUCUCAAGGAACGCUAGACGUACCAGGCACACUCCUCACGAUAGCCAAACGCUUCGAGAAGCUUGAGAAAUGGACCGUCGGACACGUUAGGGCUUUGGAAGAUCGGAUGAACGAUGUUGAGAGGUGGUUAGUCGACAAGGAAGCGGAGAAGGAAAAGGAAAAAGAGAAGGAGAAGGAGAAGGAAUCCGAUUCCGAGUCGCUAAGACAUGCGGGUUCAACAGACAAUGUGAAGGAAGAAAUCCAUGACCUUCGAGACGAAGUUGUCGAGCUCCAAGGCCGAUUGGGCGAACUAGGUCGGGAGAUGGCGAAAAUUGCGACGGCCCCCAAUAAUCUUUCUGCGGGACCUAGAACGCAGUCUGCCGCUGUAUCUGUAGCACCACAAACCACUUCCUCCAUCGUCACGCACUCUCAAGCAGCUUCUUCCAUUGCCACACACUUCACAGGGUCUUCGUCAGCACCCAGCACGCCCAUCCACCACCCCAGGUUAUCGAGUACCACUGCCAGAGAAUCGACGAGUCCGCCGAUGACUUCGAAGAGGAGAGAGUCGGGCACGAGGUUACCGUACCCUGCGGGCGAUUAUUCUUCUCCGCCAGAUACGUUCUCCCCCAGUAAUUCUCCCCCUUCGUCGAUUAGUUCCGCUAUGAGGCCGUUGUCUACGGCCAUUUCGGGGUUACCCCUCCAUUCAUCCUCAGGACUGGGUACACUACCGGGUGCUUCGUAUUCUACCACCUCUCUUUCCUCGUUGGCUUCGGGUACGGGUAGGCCGUUGUCCCCGCCUGCUCAACCCAAGUUCGCUCCUGCCUCUGCUCCUGCCAAUCGAACGGCCAGCCCAACACCCGCACCUGCAAAAGGACGAGGAGCACAGCAAGGUUUGCCGCCACCCCCGAAAUCGGCUGCUGGGAAAAGACAAACGAGUGUAAGCCCUACGCCGAGGAAACGGUACACCGUUGCGCUUGGAGGGCCGAUAACUGCGCCGCCUGAUGAGGAUGAGUUUUCUUCGAACGCUGCUUCUUUGUUUUUUGCCACCGCCGCCAAUACCAAUGCUAAUGCUAAUGCGAAUGCGAAUAUCAAUACCCAUACGGAUUCACCUGCUACUGCUCUUUUAUUGAAAAGGGUAGGCACACCACGAUCCUACUCCCGUGUGAUUGGGGGGUCUUUUUCCGUUUCUCCCGUAGGGGACGAUGAUGAAGACAAGAGGAAGGAAGACGAAGGAGCAGGCGAGUUCGGAGAAGGUGAAGAAACCAUCGGCAAGUCCUCUGGGAUCAAGCUCAAGAUUGCGAAUGGGAGUCUGUCUUCCACCGCGUCAAACUCGAUAUCUCCUGGUGGACCUGGAGGUGGCGAUUACAAGUCCACAGCCACGACCUCACCAUCACCGUCCACUCGUCGGAUCAGGGCGCAGAGCGCGUAUGGGUACGCCAGCCUCCUCCCUCCUCAGACUCAAACGCCUACCAUGGGGACUACUGCGCCGUUAAAGCCGAAGUUGAGGUCCCGCUCUUCUGAGCGGCUUUCCUCUGGUACCAGCUCCAUUGGGACGGGAGACGGAAUGAUAAGCGGUGGUCUUGGAGGAGGGGGGACCAAGUUCGUGGACCCUUUGUUGUUGAGGAGGCACCAGCAAAGUCAAGAGGGACUACAGGUGAAGAUGCCGAUGCCGAAACCGGUGGGGAAGGUUCCGAUUGGACAGUUGGUUGCGUUUUUUGAUGGGGAGAAGGGGGGGAGGACGUAG